UUCCGUCUCCCCACUUCCCUCCUCUCGAUUCGAUCCGCAGAGCAGAGCAAGCUAGGCGCAACCGACCAGCAAAGCAAGCGAAUCCGCCAUGGCUUACGCCUCCUCGAAUGCCAAGCAGAGCCUCUACCCCGUGGUGGACCAGUCCCACCCUGAUCUCAACACCCCCUUCUACUCCGCGCCCACCACCUCCACCGCCGGCAGCGGCACCGGCGGCUCCCUCUACCCCACCGUCGACCCCAACGAGCUCGCCGAGAACCUCUUCCCUGAGACGGCCGAGGAGGACGCCGCGCCGCCGCCGCCCACCACCGAGGAGACCGUCGUCGCCGUCCCGGGCGCGCAGCUCCACCUCGUCGACCCCGACCGCAGCCUCGACCUCGGCGCGGGCACGCUCUCCGUCGUGCGCCUCCGCCAGGGGGACCACUCCGUCGCCGUCCUCGCGCGGCUGACCCCGGAGAAGCCCCACCAGCGCCGCGGCCUCUUCCGCCUCUUUAGCAGCGGGCGGUCCGGCGGCGAUGGCGCCGAGCAGGAGCCCGUCCAGUGGCCGCUCACCCGCGACGUCGCGGCGGUCAAGCUCGACCCCGCGCACUACUUCUUCUCGCUCCAUGUCCCGCACACGGACCACCCGGACGACAAGGAUGAUGCGGAGGAGGGCGCGGAUGAGGCGGAGCCGGCGCUGAGCUACGGCCUCACGGUCGCUGGAAAGGGGCAGGAGAAGGUAUUGGAGCAGCUGGACAGAGUCCUGGAGGAGUACACCACCUUCUCGGUGAAGCAGGUGGAGGCGGCGGCGAAGGAGAAGUCGGAGGUGAUGGACUCGAGGGCGGUGGCCGAGAUCACGCCCGAGGAGGCUGUCGGGGAUAAGAAGGAGGUCGUCGAGGAGAAGGCGGCGGCUUUCUGGACGACCAUCGCGCCGAACGUGGACGACUACAGCUCAUCGGUGGCGAGGCUGAUUGCGCGAGGCUCUGGGCAGCUAGUGAGGGGCAUCAUCUGGUGCGGGGACAUCACGGCGGAGGGCCUGCGGCAUGGAGAAGCGGUGACGAAGAAGAGCGUAGGACCCAGCACGAAGCCGACGCAAGUGAAGCCCAGCACUCUGAGGAGGAUGAAGAGGGCUAGGAGGGUUACAAAGAUGUCCAACAGGGUGGCAAAUUCAAUCCUGUCUGGCGUUCUGAAGGUCACAGGCUUUGUCACAAGCACUGUGAUGAACUCCAAACCAGCACAAAAGUUCUUCAAGUUGAUGCCUGGAGAAGUUAUUCUUGCCUCACUUGAUGGAUUUGGUAAAAUAUGGGAUGCUGUUGAGGUGUCUGGCAAGAAUGUGAUGCAGACAUCAUCAGUUGUGACAACUUCUGUUGUAACACACAGAUACGGUGAGCAAGCAGGGGAGGCCACACAGAAUUACCUCCACGCUACAGGAAAUGCUCUCGGAGCAGCGUGGGCUGUGUUCAAGAUUAGGAAAGCACUCGACCCCAAGGGCAACAUGAAGAAGUCAUCGAUCGUCAGCCAAGCAGCGCACGCUGUGGCCAAAGAAUCAAUUACCAGGCAAAAGAAGAAGUGAGCUGACCUGGCUGACGGUUCCAUUGUGCCCGUAACGUAAUCUGUUGUUCUGUUAGCUAGGGAGCUGUCUCUGUGGCGUGUAUGACUGUUGUCAUGAUGAUUUUGAUCUCUUAUUUCCUUCUAUUUUUUGUGGUUGGGUUCAUUUUGUUGUACAGUAGCGUGAAACUUCACGUGUAUGGUUUGAUAAUCGACAUACGAGUAAAUUUUACA